AUCAACCUCAGAUAACUUUUAAUGUUGAGGGGAUUCCCAAUAUUAUGUAUUUUAAAACACAUACUUUCAGUCAAUAAACAUUUGCAAAAAUGAUUCAAGUUAUGUACAAGCAAGCCAUCACAAUAUUUUUAAAGAAUUUAGAAAAUCAAAGACAAGUGUUAACUCCAUUGCUGACUUCAAUUAAUGAAGCUGUGGAGGAGUGCAAGUCUUGGAUGACAGAGAAUGUUUCAAGGAAAAAAACUUUUGCAGAGAUGAUGCAACUACUAGAACAAACUAGUGGAGCUGCUUUAUAUACAUUUUCUAAGUUGCUAGAUAAUAUUGAGUUUGAAAACACGUCAGGUGCUUCUGCAAUGUCUACACCUGAUACAAGUGUGACAUCCACUGACUUACAACAUAAGGAUACAUUGAACACAAUCCAAUUUGUUACUAAGGAGGAACUCCAGUCCGUCCUCAGCACACUAAAAGAGCAACUAAAAAAUUUGGAAGCGAAGCGAAACUCUCAAACAAAGAAAACAAAACAAAAUAAAAAACGCAUAGAUAAUUUGGAGAUGAAUGUGGAAAGUUUAACAGAAAGAAUCGAAUAUCAAACUGAGUCUGCGAAUAAACAUACUGAUAGCACAAAACAAAUUAAAUCUUCAAUAAAAGAGAUAAGCGAGUCUCUACUCGACACACAGAAACGACUAGAGGAAUUAGAUACGGCUACUAAAGAUAUGGUGAUGAAAUCGAAAGAACUUGAAACUUCUGUCAAAGAAAUGACAGAAGAGCAGUUAAUACUGACCACCCGUUUACAAGCUGUUGAUAGCAAAUGUAGCGGUGCGGAAAUAAAGUCUGGAACUAUUUGUCAAGUGCUUAGCCAAAGGUGCACUAAAAUAGACACUUUGCAAGAUGUGUUGAAUAAACGUCUUAAAUCUAGAGAUGGAAUAGUCGCUCAGUCAAGAAAUGCAUUAUGCACUGUAGAAGAAAAAUACCGCCCAACGAGUUUGGGCUUCUGUGCUGGUAUCCUAGAUGAACUGACAGUCUGUGCUGGUGAUAUCGUGACAGACUUUGACGACAUAUCCUGUAACGUCGGCGGCCAUUUUAAUCCCGAUACUGGGAUGUUUACCAUACCCGUUGCUGGACUCUACUGUGUUGGUCUAACUGUGUGCGUGUAUGCUGGGGAGAAUGUCGGCGUGGGAGUUGUGCGUCGACGCGCGUCAGAUUUGAUGGAGGAGAAUGUGACCGAUAAUGACAUCUGUGUGGUUGGGGUUUUUGUGGACGCCGCCAAAACCAACGCGGGCAGUGUAGGUGUAGUAGAGUUGGACGCCGGAGAUGUGCUGUUUGUGCAAGUGUGCAAAGGACACGAUGUGGUGCUGGCGGGGGCGUCGGUGUUUACCUGUUUUAAAAUCUGAAAUGUAAACAUAGAGAUAGGGGAGGACGGUUGGUGUUUCUUUCAGGAUUAUCUCUGAUGU